CAAUAAAAUCUGAGAGUGAGACUGAAGCGAAGAGGUGCCAAAGAAUACGGAGCUCUCGCGUGGGCUAAGCUCAUUUUUAGUUUUGGGGAAUGUCCCGCAGGAUCUGACGAGCUAAAGGAGAAAACAAGCUACCAGUUGGUGCGAUCACAAUACUAUUUUUGUGCUCGGUAGGCACAUACCGUGUGGCAAAGCGUAUCAGAUUCUCUCGCACGGGCUUCGCCAUUGUUGGCGUAUAGCGGCAUGGCCAACCCUAGCGCGGCCUCAACCUCGCCGCUGUACAAACAGCAACUGGUAUUGCAGCUGAGCAGUGACACUCCGUGGAAGGACAAGCAGAGGGUUCGCAAAGCGAUCGUCAGCCUCGGUGGCAUCGUGUCGUUUGUCAUCAGCAAGCAGUCCGCUAUGUUGGUCGCGGAUGGCAGUGAUGUGGAGAAACUCGCCACGUCCUACAAGUAUCGCACUGCCACCAAGUUUGGUAUCCCAAUAGUCAGCACUCAGUAUGUGUUGGAUUGUGAGGCUGUUGACAAACGUUUGCCUGUGGGCAAGUAUCUCUUGGCUACCGCGGCAAAGGCACAGAAAUUCAAGUCCGGCAAGAUACCAGUGUCCACAGUUGAAACUGUAAGCAAGGCCAAGUCGCAGUCGUUCAAUCUCAACUCACUCAGGGUAUACACCGGGCAAGAUUCGUCUAUGCCUGAGUUUCCGGACAGCUAUGAGCUUAUCAAGCUGGUCUUACUCCAGAAAAUGGAGAAGAACAAUUCCUAUUCUUUCAUUCAGCUGGAAGUGCACUGCGCCACCAAGGUCUGCUACCGUGUGUUCAGCCAGCGUGGGCGCUGCGACGCAGCGAACAAGAUUGAAGGAGUUGUUGAUGAGAGUCGAUUCGUCACCAGUGGCUUGGAGGCAAUGGCGGUGGUUGUCGCUCUGCUACAGCGCUAUCCGAAGGAGAGAGGCUGGACAAGAGCGGCCAAACCCGUGCACGCGCACAUCGGAUCUGUUCGUGCAAGACAGCGCCAUGCAGAGUUGUCGCUGACAUUAAGCAGUAACACGGGCGUAUCUGCAGAGGUCUCGUCGUUGCUCAGCUGUGUGUGGGACGAGGCGUUGGCCGGUUUGGACGUCCUGGCUGACUCCCAGUCACUUCAGUCUAUCACCUCACAACAGAUCGACAAGGCAGAGUCAGUGUUGUUGAGUAUUACCAAGGCAAUCAAGGCCGGAGCCACGGUGGAGCUCGACGAGCUGUCUGCCCAGUUUUACGAAUCUCUGCCUCAUACUUCAAAGCAAACCAUAAGCAGCAUGGCCUCUGUUAGCCGUAUGCACGACCGUUGCCAGUUAAUCCGAGACAUGGUGUUGGUGAGUGAAGCAACUCAUUGGCAACGCUCACCUGCUGCUGUUGCUAAGCUGAGCGCCCUGCACUGCAGGCUGGAGCACAUGGGUGGUAAUGUGGCUGUGAAUGGGGACGAACUGCAGCGAGUGCACACGCUUGUUAACGGUACAACGGUCAGUGACAAGCCUCUCAGCGUUCACAAUGUUUUCAGAGUAACGCGGCCGGCGGAGGAGGCAGCGUUCUGUGGAGUCCCCGGGCAAACAUCUCUUCUGUUCCACGCAUCUAAGCCUUCGAACUUUGUUGGAAUUCUGUCACGUGGUCUGUUGCUGCCCAAAGUAGUUGUUGAGGAGCAUGGCCGCAGCAGAAGUGAUUCGGGUCUGCUGGGAAACGGUAUCUACUUUGCACGGCAUUCCAGCACCAGUGCGCUGCACUACUCUGCACCGAGCCAGCGAGGAACACGGCUCAUGCUGGUUGCUGAGGUCAUGCUAGGAAAAACCUUUGACACUACAUCAAAGAUGAUUGGCUGUACUGCACCACCGGAUGGCCACGAUAGCAUUCACGCUGUUCCACCGUUCAAGGACGAACCGUCAGAGUUCCAAGCCGAAGAGUACUGCAUCUUCAAUUGUAACCAGCAGUGUCUGAGGUACCUGGUGGAGUUUACACUGCCGGGCGAAACACCAGCGGUGACUUCACUGUGUGAUGAGCUGGAUGCCAUGUCCAUGGUGAAGGCUGUGGAUGGCAACACUAGCGAAGCUGUCAGUCUGAUGGAAGUGCUGGACGUGCCGGAUCCACUCGCCAAAGUCGACGCGGGACUGCGCGCGGGUGGAGUGUCCGUACCACUGCGCUCCGUACACGUCCGCGCCAAGCUACUGGAUCUGGCCGCUGAGGUUGUAGUUAUGCAAGAGUACUACAAUGAAGGAGACAAGCCGAUCGAAGCCAAGUAUGUCUUUCCACUGGAUGACUCGGCUGCAGUGUGCGGCUUUGAGGCAUUCAUCAAUGACAAGCACAUUGUUGGUGAAGUGAAGGAGAAGGAGACAGCACACAGGGAGUACAAGGAGGCUGUCAGCAAGGGACAUGGCGCAUAUCUGAUGGAUGAAGAGACUCCGGAUGUGUUCACUGUCAGCGUUGGUAACCUGCCACCGUCCGCUAGAGUCCUGAUCAAGAUCACGUACGUGGCAGAGCUGGCCGUAGAGAAUGAACAGAUCCGCUUCAGCGUGCCCGGCAGUGUGGCUCCGUGGACCAGCACCGCUGCCAUGCAAACUGAAACACAGGACGUGACGGAGACGCGCCACGUUACCGAUGCCACACCAAGCGGUGAGUUCUCUCUGCAGAUAGCAGUGGACAUGCCGUUUGACAUCACGUCCAUCAAGUCCAGCUCUCACCCCUCCGAUCUCAAGAUCAAGAGCACGGCAACGAAGGCCGUGUGCCAGCUGAAAGACGGCAGCCAGCUCGGCGAUGGCUUCCAUCUGUUCGUGUCUCUUGCCGAGAUUCACGUGCCACGCAUGUGGGUGGAAGAAGACACAUCAUCCAGCUCACAGGCAUGCAUGCUGACGUUCUAUCCAGAGUUUGAGUCCCCGCCGAGUGAUAGCGAACGUCAAGUCUACUUCUUACUGGACUGUUCCAAUAGUAUGAAGGGUGCGUCGCUGACAGCCGCCAAGAAACUCGUGAUGCUGGCACUUCACUGCAUGAUGUCAUCGGCGACAUCAUCCUCUUUGUCAUCAUCAUCAUCGCAGGAGUGGCGCUUCAACAUUUGCCGAUUUGGAACAGACUGGGAAGAGUUGUUCAGUGUUCCCAUGGUGUGCAACAAGGACACCUGCCAGCAAGCUACUCAGUUUCUUCAGUCAACGGUCACAACCGGUGGAACAAACAUUUUCCAGCCAUUGAGGAAUUUUCAGCUGCUGAACACGACCAGCAGCAAUCAUUCUCCGGUGCGCAAUGUGUUUGUCUUCUCCGAUGGUCAUUUUGCUGAGGAGGACAAAGUACUCACGUGUGCGUCGGAUGGUUUACCGAGUGUCCGUGUCUUCACGUUUGGCGUAGGGUCGACUCCAAACAAGCACCUGCUGCGCAGUGUUGCUCGUGUUGGUGGUGGUGCUGCUGAGGUUUUUGAUAGCAGCACCAAGUCCAAAUGGCAGGGAAAGGUGGCUCGUCAGUUGUCCAAGUCGCGCGAGGCAGUGCUGACGUCUGUCAACGUGGCCUGGCAGCAGUUUGAUGAUGAUGCCGACACACCUGUGCAGGCUCCCCAGCAGAUCGUGUCGCUGUUCAAUGGUUCCCGUCACGUGAUCUACGGCUUUGUUCCACACUGCACGCAGGCUGAACUGCAAGCAGAGGUCGGUGGUGUGGAAGUGAAGACCAUGGUUUCAUGCAGUGAGCUCUCCAAAACAUCAGGAAAGAUACUUCAUCGCUUGACGGCACGCGCUGUGAUCAGAGACUGGGAGGAGGGAGCGCUACACCCCGACCCUCUUGAGCACGAGCUGAUGAAACGCAAUCGCAAGGACUACAUCAUUGACAUCAGCAAGAAGCACUCGUUGGUCAGCCAGUUCACCAGCUUUGUCGCCAUUGAAGAGCGUGAGAAGGGAGAGAAGUUUGACAGCACCACCGGGCCCAGCAUAGCUGGUUUGGUGUUUGCAGAGGAUGUAGACAGUCUCGGAUAUCUGUCAUUCAAGGAAGAUUUGAAGCUAGCAGAGAAAGACGAAUCUGAGUCAUUCGUCCUGCCUGAAAAGUGUGAUCUGGAAACGUACGAAGAGUGUGAUCUGGAAACGUACGAAGAGUGUGAUCUGGAAACGUACGAAGAGCAGGCAGAGCUGCCACCGCGUCUUUACGGUUUCGGUGUGGAGGAGGAAAUGUAUAUGAGCUGUGACAAUACAGAGCUGAACAGAGCGUCCAUGAGAAGCCGCUCCAGGAGUCCAGUGUAUCAACGUCUUUCCUUACAGAGCUCUCUGAAUCAACCGGCGGCCUACGAUGAUGAUCUCCUUCUUGAUGGUUUUAUGUGUGACGACGAAGAGAUGGAAAUGGAGCAGCUUGCGCAACCGGAGAAUGUCCUGUCUGGAUCAGCGGAGAUGCAGGAUAUGCCCGUUGCCGUCGGACAACAGGAGAAGGCAAUGUUGCAGAGAAUACCAUCGUUGAGCGAUUCGCACCAGGUCUCACUGGAAAAAAAGAAGAAGAAAAAGAAGAAGAAGACCUCUGUGAACAAUGAAAAGGUCUCACUGGAAAAAAAGAAGAAGAAAAAGAAGAAGAAGACCUCUGUGAACAAUGAAAAGUUUCACAUUUUGGAAGACAGCAUGGACCUCAGUUCUGCCGGUAGCACGGAAAGUGCACGUCACUCCCGCACUACCGGGUCAGCUAUGGCAGCGCCGCAAUCCACCGCUCUCGAAUCUGAGUGUGGACACGUCUCAGCGGAGGCAGCAGCUGCGGCCGAUGAGUUCUGGUCCGAACAAGCACCCUUGCGUGUGGCAUCAGCCAUGACCAUGCCAUCACGAGCUGAGUCUGAACCCCAGGUUAUGGAUGACCUUGCCUGCCUGGAAAAAAAGAAAGGAAAUGUUAAGUCCCGGUUUCGCUCAGUCGGUAGACCACGAAGAGAGAAGAAAAAGAUGGCUGUAACAGACGAAACUGGACCGGAAGCUGGACAUCAACUCGACAUGCCCAUUGCGGCUGGAAGACUUCGUGACCGUGCUACCAUGAAGUCGACUGUACAUUUGUUUGCGCUGGCUGCACCAGCUGAGUCCCCCACCUUACCUUCCUACUCCCCGACAUCACCUUCGUACUCCCCAACUUCACCUUCAUACUCCCCAACUUCACCUUCCUACUCCCCGACAUCACCUUCCUACUCCCCGACAUCACCUUCGUACUCCCCAACUUCACCUUCGUACUCCCCCACCGCAUCAACCUACUCCCCCACCGCACCCUCCUACUCCCCCACCGCACCUUCGUACUCCCCCACCUCACCCUCGUACUCCCCCACAUCACCGCCCCGCCCAUCCUCAAAGUCGACUGUCCCUCCAGCUGCCCUGACCGCAGCGUUCAACGCAGCAUCUAACGUCUUCAAGCUGAACACCUUGAGCUCCGCAACCUCACCGCCGUACUGCCCAACCGUACCGUCCCUGUCCCGUCCAUCCUUACCCGCGCGUGUACACUCGGCUGCUCUGGGAGCAUCGUUCGCAGAGGAAUGCGUCCAGAUGACACCUGUGGACUCCGCACGUUUACAUUCGUAUUCCCGUCCACCAGUUGCGUACUCACCAGCUGCUUCCAGCCAAGCGCUCUCCAAUCCUAGAAGCGCAGACGUACCAACUGCGCCAACUGGUCUGUUCUUUAAUCAGGAAAAGGGGAAGGCAAUUCCACACCAGCACCAGGGCAUGCCGCAGCCACAGAUGCAGCAACCGAUGCAGCAACAGAUGCAGCAACCGAUGCAGCAACAGAUGCAGCAACAUAUGCAGCAACCGAUGCAGCAACAGAUGGAGCAACAUAUGCAGCAACCGAUGCAGCAACCGGUGCAGCAACCGAUGCAGCAACAGAUGCAGCAACAUAUGCAGCAACAGAUGCAGCAGCAACGAGUGCAACAGCAGGUGCAGCAGCAGCAGAUUCAUAAACACCAGCAAAAUCAACGUCUCUACCAGUUGCAGCAGCAGCAACAGCAGCAGCAGCAGAAGCAGCAGCAGCAACAGCAGCAGCAGCAGACGCAGCAGCAACAGCAACAGCAGCAGCAGAAGAAGCAGCAGCAGCAACAACAACUACAACUACAACAACAAAAAGUACAAGAGCUGCUGCUGCUGUCAGCUGCUGAUCGUCAGCAGGAGGGUCAACAGGAGCAGCAGCAGCAGAAGCUGCAGCUAGAAGAGCAGAGUGCGAUCCAGGCCCUGGAUCACUACUUGAGUUCGUUAACCAGCGAAACUGCAGCUGUCUCUGCUGCUCCAGUUGACGCACUUGACAAGUCCAGGCCCUCCAGAAGGCCGCCGACGGCCUUUGCUAUGCUUCGUAAGAGAAAAAUGUAUGAAUCGUCUGCGAGGUCCAAGCUGGUAGACGCAUCAGUAGACCUUGUCCGUGAAGAGAGUGCAACUAAGACAGUUCGGUUUGCAGCUGAAGACGACGACAACAGCCGUGACAGGGAGAAGUUGGACUCGGACUCCGGUGGCCCAUCUAGUUCGAACGCGGACACGAACUCACGCCUCGACAUAGACUUGAUGGAUGGCAGAGACUUCGACUCUUUCAGCGAGAGUGGUGCCGUGGAAGGCAGACACGAGCAGAUGGCCUGCAUCCCGGACAGGAUGCGCGAGCAACAUGACAAGCGGCCGAUGGACAGUGAACCCGACGAGAUGGAGACGAAAAUCCAGCUCUUCCUGUGCCUCUACCAGCGAAAUCCGGAUCAGUUUGUGCUAACCCCUGAUGGACGCUUUGUCAAGCACUGGGAGUGUGAGUGUGAGUCAUGGUAUCAGGAGUAUUUCGCCACCAGCGUCCUAAGUUACGUGCAUGAGGAUGGAUCAUUAUCGUGGGACGAGACAUGUGUGCUGUUUCACUUAAUUCCAAAAUUCAACCGAGAUCCGAUUCUAAGGAUUCUAAAGGACGCUGGGAUCUUCUCACUAGGUGAACGCAUGUCGUCACUCGUCCUGUCGUUUGUAGUGACGGCCGUUCUGGUCUAUAUCGGAGCUUUGAUUCCCACCAAGCCGUUCAGCAGUCAGCUUGCCGGCUUGAAGAAAGAAACGGCGCUUCGGACGUCCGUCGAGUUUGUGCGUCGCUGUCUGGCUGAGAGUAGUUACUGCUCAAACCUGUCAAGCUACCUGGGCAUAGGCAAUAAUCUUGACGACGUUCUGCAGUUUGUCAUGUUCGAGUGCAUCGAUUGUCCUGAUGUGAUUGACUUGCGCGACAGGACGGUCAGACCGUGUUCCCAUCUCCGUGCCGCUUAGCUUGGUCCCCAAGUUUGAAUUGUCACGGCUGGUGAUGAUGUGUUUGACUGGCGCAGCGUAAAGGUCAGAUCAAGCUUGUAUCACCAUGCCGCUUACCUGGGUCUCCAGGUUUGUAUCGUCACCGGUUUUUUGCAAUUACACAAAAGGCUGGUACACACAAGUCAUGUCGACACACAUAUGCGCGUGUGCAUGCACGUACACAGACAGACAUACACACACACGCAUACACCCGCGCGCUCACACACAUGGUUCAAGCACGCACGGCCCUAUUGCCAAUUGCUAAACCUGUUUUUUUUUGUAUGAACCAUGAAGUAUCUCGGUAGAACUACAAGUAACUUAGUUGUCCUUCGAAGCAGCCAACCCUCCUGCAUAAAAUUAUCCAAAUUUAGUUUACCCACUGGAAAAUAUUACGAUCAUACUUCACUCGCUAACAAAGUCGAGCAGCUAGUUGUCUGGAGAUUCUGUACCUCACUCGCUAUAUCUUUCCUUACAUUUUCAAACCCACUAUGCCCAAUGUCCUGCUUACCUGCGCAUUGCAGCAUUUCAAAACUUGCACAAACUCUUGAGCGCAUGAUGCCAUACGGAACUGUCACACUCUACCUGAAAUUACUGUUCACCUACCAUAGUCUUUUGGGUCUCAUACCUAAAAUUUUUUAGCACCUAAAAUUUCUGCAAAUUGAAUAGUCUACGUUAAAUUUUAGAUGCGCUGAUGCAAUCAUAUGUAGAGUACACCCAUACACAGCACUGUACUCCAAGAAGAAGUUGUAUUUUUUAUGCCCACUUUGGAUUUUUGUUUUGAAUUUUAAAAUGUAGCCGUGUUUUGACCAAUAGCCCCCCCCCCCCCCCCCACCAUACACACCUGAUGAUUUUUUAGUUUUUUUCUCUUAGGUUCCUACGUUGAUCUAGUCAACGUUACUUUAGAAGCCUAACAAUGAAGCACUAGUGGUGUGUACAUGAAUGCCUUGCUCGCCAUCAUUGGAUGCCUGCUUUAUAUUUGUAACAGAUCACAUCGAUUUGAAUAUACAUGUACUUCGAAGUAAACGACUGGAUUUCAUUUCGCAGGACUGUAAAAUAUUUGUUACAGUAGAUCUACGUUUGUGCCUUGCAUCA